UCUCGCAAAAUUUUAAUGAAAUUACUACAUAACAAAGUUUGCGAUUUUUAAUUUUUGUUUUAGGCCUUCGUUGUUAGGUGACUUAUUUCAUAAGCACUGAGCGAUAUUAUUGCACGCCGUAGAAUGCCUAACACGAGUUUUUAGGUCGUUUAUCACUAAUAUUAAUUCAUUGCAGCAAAUGGAGGUGGAUUUACAAGACACUUUCUUGCGUGAAGAGGACCAACAAUCGCAACAUAGCUCGAAACAAACAUAUUCAGUGCCAAACAAAAGGAAAAAUGAAAAAGUGCAGGAAGAGAAAGUGGCAACUGAGCAGCAAGCUAAGGAGGAAAAGGAACAGGCUGAAAACAUAGCUUCAAUGCUGAUUCGUAACUACGACAAUAAGUUAUACGGAGAAGAUGAUACAUCACAACCGACAUCAAGAACAGCCCCCAUUAUACCUUUGGAAGCUACACGCAAGAAAAAGAAGAGGAGGAGAUCGCAAAUAUCAAUAUGUCUAACAAAUUGCCGAUAUGAGUCAAUAAGAAAGGUUGCUAGUGCUUUUGGGAUGCGAGAAGUAUCUGAGGAAGAUGCUUUGAAUUUUUACUGGACAGACAUGAGCGUUUCUGUGGAAAGAGCAAAAGAAAUGAAAAGGUUUCAACGCAUUAAUCAUUUUCCUGGAAUGUUAGAAAUCUGCAGGAAAGACUUACUAGCACGGAAUUUAAAUAGAAUGCAGAAAAUUUAUCCCAAAGAAUACAAUUUUUUUCCAAAAACUUGGUGUUUACCUGCUGAUUUUGGUGAAGCACUAAACUACAGCAAGUCACGUAAAAAUAAAACAUUUAUUAUAAAACCAGAAUGUGGGAGCCAAGGGCGCGGCAUCUAUCUAACAAAGUCGCUUAAAGAUAUUAAACCUACAGACAAACUUAUCUGUCAGGUGUAUUUAUCUAAGCCAUACUUGGUUGAUGGAUACAAGUUCGAUAUUCGAGUAUACACUCUUAUAACAUCGUGCGACCCCCUUCGCAUUUUUGUUUACAAUGAAGGACUCGUAAGGUUCGCAACGAGUCGGUACGCAGAUCCUAAUGUGAAUAACACGACAAAUGUGUUUAUGCAUCUAACAAACUACGCGCUAAACAAGCACAGCCGUACUUAUGUGUAUGAUUCAGAAGCUGGAAGUAAACGCAAGAUAUCGACUUUGAACAAGAUCCUGCUGUCACAAGGCGUCGACCUGGACAGGCUGUGGCACGCCAUAGACCAAGUUAUCGUGAAGACAAUAAUAUCUGCGUGGCCAAUUCUCAAGCAUAGCUACCACGCAUGCUUUCCUUCGCAUGAUAUGGUGCAUGCCUGCUUUGAAAUACUGGGCUUCGAUAUCCUUUUGGAUCAUAAAUUACACCCUUAUAUACUCGAAGUGAACCAUUCGCCGAGUUUUCACACGGACACGCAGUUAGAUCGCGAGGUAAAGGAAGGGCUACUCACAGACACGUUGACUAUGCUCAAUAUAUGGCAAUGUGACAAGCGAAGAGUCCUCGAAGAGGAUCGCAAGAGGAUACGAGACCGGCUCCUUCAGACAAACAAAUUUGCAGAAUUUACACCAACAGAGGAGAAAGAACCCGAAAAGAGUCCAUGGCAAACACAAAUACAAUGGGAGGAAACGCAUCUAGGAAACUAUAGACGUGUGUAUCCGGUGGGUGAACAGUACGCGUCCUUAUUCCAACAACCGUCGGGCUCGCUGUACACUGGUACCGCUUCAUCGCGGGCCCGAGGAGACUGCACGCGCUUACAGAGGGAAGAAUUUCAGCAAACGAAAGCCAAAGCGGAAGCCCUAAAGAAACCGUCUCAACCGAAGGGCUCCAAGGAAGGUGAGAAGAAACCCGAAGAAGGAAGCUCUACGGCUACCGUUGUCACUACAACCACAAACACAGAAAAGUCGACCAAAACAAAAGGUCGCGCCGACAAAGAACAGAAACGCAAAGACAAAGAUGACAAAGAUAAGAAGCUCAGCAGCAAACCAUCACUCUCUCAGCAACCGGUGCCCGAGAAAGAGGUCAAGCCUACGUACGUGCUGUGUUCGUUCGAGCCCGAUCCUAUCGUGGAGAAAGAGGAACGCGAGAGAGUCAAUUUGUUGGCGCAGAGGGAUUUCCUCAUAAGAAGUUACGGCAUGUUAGAGCAGAUUUAUUUAGUCAUGAAAAAAAUGGGAACGCUAAGGCCAGAAGACGAACGCAAAUAUGGCGUCUACGGACGUCUGUCAGUAGUUUCCAAUUCGCCCAAGACCGCCAUUAAGAAGACCAAACCAGUCGCACAGAGGCCUAACGAUAACGGCGAUUACUCGGACAGUGGACUACAGGUGCAGUGCCGUGACGUUGUGAUAUACGAACGGCCGUUGCCCGUACUGGACGUUCCAGAACGGUCUACUAAGGCACAUCUCGCGCGCACCGCCUACACGAUACGGAGAAUGAACUCACUUGUGUCUGCACCGCUGCCCAAGUAAACGUGAGACACAAAUAGGACAUUUUCAACGCACCAGUGCUGUUGUGUGCAUGAGAUAAAUCAAUCAUAUGCUUCGCUCUCUAGAGCUGGCAUUAUAUAGACCAAGGAUAGGUCAAUAAUAGGGUAUACGAUAAUUAUCGUAUACUACUACUGAAUACAUUUACAUUACACUGUUAAGAAUUAUUUUUAUAUUGUAAUUGCUUACGUGUUCAUAUUUAAUCAUGAUAAUCUUAACGUCGGUAUCGAUUAAUCCUUUAUUAUAUUAGAUUAAUUUUGUCAUUGUUUUUUAAAUUCUGGUGCAUAGAAAAAUAAGCUAUAACUUGAAAUAUUAUAU